CGGCCCGUCCCGACCCUCAGCGCGGGAAGAAAACGGCUGGUGGUAAUACCGGCGGAAGGUUUCUGUGCGGAGCUACUUUUGCUUCUUGCCAUGGCGACGGGACGCGGCUGGAUCUUGAGGCAGCACAGUUUAGGAUUUUUGCGCUCCCACGUUACUGCAGCAGCUUCCUUGGGGCUCGGCCCGCUGCCGCCCCCGCCUCUAGUUAUUCUUCCCGCCGGAGAGAGCCCGGACAUGGCCGGCUCUCCCGCUCGGGACAGUGAUACAUCAAAAUGCUCAGCUAUUAAAGCUAUGCAGCUUUCUAAAACCAAAGAGACACACACUUCCAAGCAGUGUACGGAGACUUCUAUCAAGUCAAAUUCUACUGUCAAUUUUGACAGUGUGCCUUUAGAGAUAAUACUGAAGAUUUUCUCCUACCUGGAUGCUGAGUCUCUGCUGUGUACUGGCUGUGUAAAUAAACAUUUUUAUCACCUGUCCAAUGACAAUAUAAUCUGGAUCAAAAUAUAUUCUAAGUCUUUUCUCCCUAAAAGAAAAAAAUGGAGAACUGAAUCUGUCCAGGAACCAGCUGACUCUCUGAGUUUUCUGGGGUUGCAAGAUAGGGAGUCAGGCUAUUGGAAGAAAGAGUACAUUGUGAAAGAAAUAGCUGCUGGCAAAACUGAUAUAAUUCAGCUUCUAAAGCCAGUAAAUGCCUAUACUGGCCUUCCAGUUAAAACCAAAGAUGUUAUCAAGACCUUUGGUUUGAGAUGGAUAAUCAUACUAAAGGACAGAAAUGGAAAGGAACAUAUAAGGGAUCAGGCAGACAUCUCUCUUAAUGAGACAUCUGUUACUGUGUUUUGGGAUGGUGUAAGGUGGCCUCCUUUAGACACCUUGUCGAGUUUGCAAUUAUUUGGAGUGACACCAGUCCUUCUGGGUAAGGGUAAAGUUCAUCUUAAUAAUGGGCCUAGACGACGUUCCUUAAUUUCUGAAUAUGAGCUGGCUCACUUGACUGAAAAUGCAAAGAUGAUUGGUUGUGAUGCACUUGUUGAACUUUACAGUUUUGACCAAGGGCUUCUGGUGGGACUUUGGAAGAAAAGUGAAAUUGCCUUCAUCAUGGCAAGUCUUCAUUACCAUCACCUCAUUGAAAGAAGCACCCUUGGCUCUGCUACAAUGAGGCAUGCAGCAGCCCCACAUAAGGCUAUCCUGGAUGAUAUUGACCCAGAAUAUGGCAUGCAUGGUUAUCAGAUGCACAUUGACAUAUACAACGGAGGGAAUACUUACAUGUGCAGCACAUUUCGUAGUUUGUUUUGUAAAAAAGGUUACAUUAGAAAUGGAUACCUGAGACUUUCAGUGAUAAGUUACAAAAAAAAUGCUCAGCAUCUACCUCUUGUUGGAAACGUUGGAUUGUCUUGGAGGGUAGAUGCAUUUGAAGGCAGUGUUCAGAACUGCUUCUUUUUGGACAUGACCCUUCUGGAUGAUUCACAAACACCAUUUUGGUGUGUUAGUGCUCCGGUUAACAUGAUACUGUCUGCGAAAUCAUCUGGUUUAUAUCAGUAUUUGGGACCCAGCUAUUAUCUGAAUCACGUGGAUUCAACUGGAAAAGUAUACAUGGAGCUGGUGUGGAUGGAAGAAACCAGUGAAUAUUAUAUAGUCAAUCUGGUCCUUUAUUUAAGCACUCAAAAAGUUAAUAGUUGGUUUGGCACAAAUUACUGAAUUUAGUUUCUUGAGUAAUGUUGUUUUUCUUUAAACACAAUUCUUUUGUAUUUUUAUCUUUAACUAAAAAUACGCCCCAUAACUCACACUUGUACAAAAAUUCCUCUGUGAACUAAAAGGAAAAGAGCUGGGAUGUGGGGGGAGCUUUUUAAUUUGGUACUGUAAAAAUGUGAAAUGAAUUACUUUCUGGCUUUGGUGUAUGCAGGUUACUGCAGAAAUUCAGCAUUCAAGUAAAAUAGGAACAAUAUCUUUAUUAGUCUGAGAUUUUCCAGUUUUUGAGGUUACUGGAGUAGAAUUUGUUUGCUUGAGUGUUUGUUAUUUUUUGACAACCAAAUUUAAGUCCAAAUUUCUCAGUACCUAAGCAAGGCACUUUAGGAUUGAUCCUAAAACCAAAGAUGGCUAAUGCCAACUCCUUAAUAUUGGAGCCAUACUAUGGAAACAUUUUUAUGAAAUGUUGGCAGUUGCAUAAAUCCCCCCUUCUUGCUUAUUCUAUUGCACAGCAGUGAAGAUGAUGCACUUCCUAUAGGAAAUCCUCAAAACAAGCAGAAAUGUUUGUUUCUGGAUUGGAGCAGGUCAAUGGUGCUUCCUUAUAAGAACACUGCUGACUUGCCCCAUUCCAGAAACGAGUGUUUCCACACAUUUCCAGUUGCUCCCAGAAGCACUAAAUCUCCAUUGCACAAGUGAGUCUUGCCUGUGGAACGGAAUUGGUAGGGGUGCGACAGAAUUGGUGGGUGUGUUGUGGCCUAUUGGAUACUACCCAUUGGGUUGUAUCUAGCAGUGCCUGUCCACCAGUGGAGUGAAUAUUGCUGCUCAGGGAAUGGAUAACCUUUCCUCCUUACGGGUCCCUGGUUCACUCCCCCCACAUCUCUCCAGAGGUUGGGGGAUCCUUCAGAACAGAUGUAGCAGGGUAUAAAAGGGGGGAGUAGAGGGAAGCGUCCUGUUGCACAAGUGGAAGCUUAGGCUUUUCUAGGAGCAACUGGCAGCUAAUUCUUAGUAGUAUUUAGACAUUGUUCAGGUAAUUUAAAUUUAAAAAUAACAUAACUGCUUAAAGAGAAUUCCAGAACCUUGAGUUCUGUGUAGAAUAAGCAUGCUGUUUUUCUAAAGUGUAAUUUACUAAUAACAGGAGCAUGAAACACUAGUGUUAUUUUGUGUUCGUUAUUGAUUUAGUGUAAGUGUUAUGAGCUUUGUUUGCUUUGAAAAAGAAUAAGUGGAUAUUAAAGUGAAGUUUGCUCUGAAA